AUGGGUGGACGUAUCGACUGCUACCUCGACAUUGUGUCGUUCUACAGUUAUGUAGGAUAUGCAGACUUGAGGCAGAACAUGGGCAAACUUGCUGCUCAUGGAGUACAAGUGAACUUCAUCCCUGUCUUUUUGGGCGGCAUUAUGCAGACGUCAGGGAACCGUCCUCCAUGGGUUCUCAAGGCCAAGGGGGAAUAUCUUGCUAGAGAUUCAUUCCGAGCUGCUGAGCGGCUUGGGCUCCCCUAUCAAGGCUCGCCACCCGAUAUCGUUGCCAUAGCAAAGACCGUGUCACCUCUCCGCGCCCUACACUUUAUCAAGGAGAACUACCCAGAGUCAACUUAUCUCGCUGCAAUCCGAUUACUCUUCCACAAGAUCUGGCUGCCUCCUCAUGUCAAUCUUGCCGAGGACGAGAAGCUCAUUGAAGCUCUCAAGGAAGCAACGGAUGAGCUUGAUGGAGGGUCUGGCAAAAAGCUGUUCUCUGAUGAAGAUGUUGAGAAGAUCAUGAAUGGGAGAGAGAGCAUGAAGGAGAGGGUCAAAGAUCUUACUGGCGAAGCGGUUCAGAAGGGCGCUUUUGGAGCUCCUUGGUUGAUUGUGACCCGCGAUGAUGGCAGGUUUGAGGCUUUCUUUGGAAUCGCGGCCACACGCAACAUGGGCAUUGGCCUCCAUGGAACAAUGCCCUGGCAAGGUCUACGCAAAGAGAUGAAGUACUUUGCGCGCGUCACAACUCGGGUGCCACCACAGGCUCCCUCAUCCUCCGUCAACGCUGUCAUCAUGGGCCGCAAAACCUGGGACUCAAUCCCCACCAAAUUCCGCCCUCUCAAAGACCGUCUCAACAUUGUCAUAUCCCGCUCCGCACCUUCAAAGCUCCCCGAGACAAUUGAGCCCUCUGAACCCGUCAGAGUUCAAUCUCUUGAGCUUGCUCUUCAAUACGCCCGUACUCAUAGCGACGUCGGUCGAAUUUUCGUCAUCGGUGGUGCGCAGAUCUAUGACGCCGCUCUCAGACUGCCAGAAGCACGGCGGAUUCUUCUCACGAGUAUUGAGCGUGAUUUCGACUGCGAUACUUUCUUUCCUGUCGACUUGAAGGACGGAUCAUGGGAGAGAAAGUCCAGAGAGGAGUUGCAGGAGUGGACAGGUGAAGAAAUUGAAGAGGGUGGUCAAGAAGAGGCUGGCACAAAAUAUGAGUUUCAAAUGUGGGAGAAGCAUGAUUAG